AAUUUUCAUAAAUGGGAGGGGAGAAGGAGAAGGAGAUUGUGUUUUGACGGAUUGCUUUGCAAAAAAGUUUUUUGUAAUAAAAGAUUUUCUGACCAAAAUCUCUCCCAGGGAAUGAUUGUGCUACAAUAAAAAUAACCAUGAGUGACUCUAUGAUGUCUCUGAUGAGGUAUCUUGUGGUAUUUCUUCUAGUUGUUCUAGGGCCUUUCUCAGCCGGCUCCAGGGUAAUUGAGCUCAGUGAUAGGUUUCUGGAUGUCCGGCACGAGGGUCAGUGGUUUGUAAAGUUUUAUGCACCAUGGUGUGGUCACUGCAAAAGAUUAGAGCCUGUGUGGUCCCACGUCGCCCAAACGCUCUACAAUACCAAUGUCCGAGUAGGAAAGGUCGAUUGCACACGAUUCACAUCUGUAGCUCAGGCCUUUAGCAUAAAUUCCUUCCCAACUAUCAUCUUCCUGAAGGAUGGUGUGGAAUUUGUUUAUAAUGGCGAGAGGUCCAAGGAGGAGCUCAUCCACUUUGUGAUGCGAAUGUCUGGACCACCAGUGCAGCUGGUCACACGUACAGAUAGUGUGGACAUGCUUAAAGCAAGUCAUCCGAUAUUUUUCGCAUAUAUCGGAAGACAGGAAGGACUUCUUUGGGAUACUUACGCUUCCGUAGCUGAAACCUUUCAGCCCCAUGGUUUCUUCUAUGCUACUUCAAUGGAAAUAGCCAGGGAACACUUCGACAUAGACACACUACCUGCAGUGAUUGUCUACAAGGAGAGGAGCCACUUUUACUAUCCACUAUCUGGCGAGAUGACUUUCGUCGAACCUUCGCACAUGAAUAGAACCCUACAUUCGUGGGUGAAUGAAGAGCGCUUCUCUCUCUUCCCCAAAGUAACUCGAAGUAAUAUCAAUGAGCUGAUGCUCACGCGUAAGUACCUGGUUUUGGCUGUGGUUGAGGAGAACCGCCUGUUAGAAGUGGCUGCCCAUGAACUUGAAUUCCGAGACAUGAUUGAAUCUAUCAUUCGCAUGAACCACGACAAAUUCCAUGCACGCUUCCAAUUUGGAUGGAUCGGCAGUCCAGAACUUGCUCAUUCAAUUGCAAUGGACACCCUGGAAACUCCACAUCUACUUGUUCUUAAUUCUACUACUUCUGAGCAUCACAUUCCAGACGAUGAACCCCUCAAGCUCACUCCAGAAGCUGUGCAGGUGUUCUUGGAGAAUAUUCACAAUCAGAGUGCUCCGGCAUACGGGGGAAAUUCUCUUUUGGUCCGAAUCUACCGGACAUAUUUCGAGGCUAGGCGAUCAUUAAGUGAAAUGUGGCGUGGAAACCCAGUACUGACCUCAGUUCUCUUUGGACUUCCACUUGGUUUCCUUUCCCUAAUCAUCUACUCAAUCUGCUGCGCCGAUAUUCUCGAUGCAGAUGAAGAAGACGAUGGACACGAGAAGAACGAGUAGAGCGAAAGAUAAGUAGAUCCCCUUUUCGAAUCUAGUCAAAAAUAUCCUUCCCAAGAAACUUAAGAUCUCUCUCUAUCAGGAAUACAACGAUGAGGAAUCUGAUUGGAAUAUUGGGAUUAUUUCUGAGGUUUCAAUUUCAGCUGAAUAAUUCAAGAAAGAUCAAUUUCAAGAUAUUUGUUUUUCAGAUAUUUUGAUUGUAAAUUUUGUUUCUCGGUCUACCGAAUAGUGGUAGAAAAUUUAAAUUGGGAUUUAUCAAUGAAUUUUACACUUUCUCUGAAGAGAAAAUAUUACAACAUAAAGAAGCCUCUGAUCAUCCGGAAGGACUGAUUAAGCGAAAGUAACUAAAAAUCUAUCCCUGACAGCGUGUCUAAGUAAUCAUCAAGAUCGGUUAAGCGGGAGUCGAAAUACUUGGGCAAAAUCUUUUUGUUCAGUAAAAAAUUCUGAUUCUGUUAGUAAAAAAUCAAAUUUGGUCAUCAGUAAAAAACUUUUAAAAAAAUCAGUAAAAAUUAAAUUUGGUCAGUCAGUAAAUUAGUCAAAUUUGGUCAGUAAAAAAUAAAAUUUGGUCAGUAAUAAAUAAAAUUUGGUCAGUAAAAAAUUAAAUUUGGUGAGUAAUAAAUAAAAUUUGGUCAAUAUAAAAUAAAAAUUUGGUCAGUACAAAAACAAAUUCGGUCAGAGAAAAGUAAAAUUUGGUCGAUAAAAAGUCAAAUUUAGUCAGUACAUUUUAUAUGGCAAAAAACAAACGAUCAGUAAAAAGUUCUAAAUGGGCAGUAAAAAAUUAAAAAUGAGCAGUAAAAUAUCUAAUUAUGAUCAGUAAAAACCUUAAAUCUUUACAAAAAUGAACCUAAUUUAUAUAUUUAACAUUUAAAAUAGUUCCAUAUAAAGUGUAAAGCCCUUUAUUUUCCCUUUGCCUAGAUUUGGACGAAAAUAUCACUGUUUAAAAGUUUUUUGUUACUGAUCAAUUUUAACUUUUUACUGCUCAUUUAUUCAAUGCCAUUUUAUAUUAACCCAUUCAGUCAAUGUACCAGAAAUACUUGAGAUAGAAUGUUCGUAUUUUGGGAUUAGUUUCCUACAGAUUAGUAGAUGAAUUUUUUGAAAAGAAAAAUUUUUUAUCUCAUAUGGGGGCGCGGGGAGCCCCUGUCAAACACACGUCUUAACGGUCACUGAAUUUAAAUUUGGUGCAUUAAUUCAUAUUACAAACUCUAUUUGCUUUAGAUAGAGUAACUAUCCAAGAACACCAAUUGGCAACUAGAAUUCAAACCAGGAAAGAGGAAAGAGGCCAAUUUUAACAAAUUCGACUGGAUAUCGUAUUUUCCGUCCACCAUUUUGAGCAAAAAUUUUGCAUGACCUUCCGCGAAGCAAGAAAAUAAUAACAAAAUGUAUUUUCAUUUCUGUCGAACUAUUUUUCUCAAGUAAUUGAAUAACUAACGUUACUAAAAAUCCAUUCCCGACAGCAAUUUGGAUAAAAAUUGCCCAGAAAUAAAUCAUCAAAAAUCACUCAAUUUGCGUAUGAUGUAUAAUACCAUGGUAAGGAAUGGGUUAAUCAGUAAAAUGUGAAAUUUAAUGAGUGGAAAAUUAAAUAUGAUCAGUGAGUAAUAAUUUAGUCAAUAAAAAACUAAAAGGAAAUCAAUAAAAGUUAAAACUUUGCAUAUCCGAAUAAAAAGUAUUGCACAUUUCGUAUUGCGGAAACUUCGUAUUUUAGUACAUUUCGUAUUUCAUAUUUCGUCUUUCAUAAAUUUUGUACAAAAAAUAAACAGGCGCUACUGAUAACUUUCCAAAGCACAGAAAAUUUCCCUUUGCCCCAAACAGGCAAUACUGAUAAUUAGAGCUUGAAGUUCGACUUUAAACUCAGACCCGAGGCGCAAAGUGCGCUUAACCCCAUAAAACUGGAAUUAUAUUAUUUUAUUGGUUGAUUAUGCUUGUGUAAAAUGUAUGGCUGACGAAAUAUUCAAUUUUUGUACAAAAUGUAUGAAAGACGAAAUGUGAAAUACGAAAUGGUAAAAUACGAAAUGUACCAGAAUACGAAGUUUCCGCAAUACAAAAAAUACAAUACAACAUUUGAUUUUUUACUGACCAAAUUUGAUUUUUCCCGACCAAAUUUGACUUUUCUCCGACCGAAUUUGAUUUUUUACUUACCAAAUUUAAUUUUUACUGACCAAAUUUUAUUUUAUACUGACCAAAUUUUAUUUUUUGCUGACCCUAUUUUAUUUUUAACUGACCACAUUUGAGUUUUUACUAACCAAAUUUAAUUUUUUACUGACCAAAUUUUAUUUUUUUACUGACCAAAAAUUCGCAGCCAAUUAAUUGAGGUUAUGUUUAAUGAAAAUUAGUUUGUCGACUGUGAAGCCAGUAGAGUUGAUCCUACGAAGUUCAAAUGUUAGAAGAUAGUUGUAGCACUUAGUAAGAGCUUUCAUUUGCGCCCUUAAGGUCUCUACGUCUACACACCAAGAGCAAUUUAAAAAAUAAUGCUUUUUUAAAGAAAAUUUUUUUUUAAAGAAAGGUAAUUUCUGACGAAAAUUGCUUCUAGUGUGUAGACGCCAUUACUUAUCAAAUUCGAUGAAAUAGAACUGUAGUUAUGCCGAUUUGAAUUUCGUUGUAAUCACAGCGAACUUACGACAUUUUUUGAAAACUUCAUAGCCUAGGCUACAACAUCCUCAAAAUUUGAUAAAAAUGUACAAUGGCGUUUGAGAGAACAUAUUAGUUUAAUUUUUUACGCUGUCGCAGCACCACGAGAGGUGAAUUUUUGAACUAUCAUCUGAAAGUGCUCAUCGAGACAAAAUCUUUAGGCAAAAAUUUAAGUCAAAAUGAGAACAGGAAAUAUAGACCGGUCAGUUUUUCAACUUUGACCCCUUUUAGCUCGAGUCAGGGUUGUCCGAGAUACUUAGCCUUAUUUUUGUUUGACAGAUAUAAAGUGCAGCUAACAUACUCAAAUUUUAGCCUGAUUUUUGUGCCAUAAGACCGGAGCUUUAUUUUAGAAAAAAAAAAUUGUUUUUAAUAAUAAUACCCCUAGCGCUUGUUUUGCGAACUUUCGAUGCAGAAGUAGAUUCGACGAGAGUUUUUAAAACGUUUUUAUUUUUCAAAUUAUGACAAUAAGAACAGGAGCUGGUCAUUUUAAUUAAAAAAAAAAACUGACACGUUCUAAUUCGAAUCAAGGGUGUCGGGGCGGCUUAAGGCUUUUUUUUUUAAAUCGAAAGGUCUUUGACCAAUCAAUAACAUACUGAAACCUGAACCCGAUCGAUGCUACAGGGGCUGAACUUUUGAGAAAAGAAAAAAAAAAUGAAGGUCAACGCUGAAGUUGCAAUUUUCACCCGAUAUUAAUAACCUUUGCCAAAAACCGGAAGUAUACAUCUCUUUUAAUUUCGAAGAUAUUAGUAGAACGAACGGGAGGGAAAGUUUUCUAGCCUUCCAUAUAUUCGUGAACAGGAAGUUUCCAAUCACAUUUUGGGAAAGUUUGAGCACGAUCGGAAAUAAUGCAAUUUUCUGACGAUUAUAAUAAGUGAGAUUGUUAAAAGAAUCUCAACUUAUAGGGCUUCUUUAUCUGACUGGGAGGAAGUUGGGCACCGCUGAAUUGGGACAGCUUUCACUGAGAGAAAUCCAAAAAAGUUAAAAUAACAUUCCGGAAAUGUUAAUUUUACUCUGCAGUAUUGAUUCAAAAUCGGUGUAAAUAUUACCCUUUUUAGGUGUAUUAGGGGUUAAAGUUACCCUUUUUUAUGUCAAUUUUACCCUUAAAAAAGUGUAAAAUUAACAUUAAAAAAUGUUGAUAUAUUUUUACACCUCAAAAGUGUUAAAGUUAUGAGGAAAAAAAGUUAAUCGCACCCUCUUUUUUUUUCUCAGUGUUGGAAUUGAGCUUUUUUCUCCUAUUUUUAAAUCGAAUUGAUACUUAUCAAGAUGCUAUUUGGCUUUACAAUCAGUUUGUUGAGUUAAAUUAUAUUAAUAAGCUUCAGUUUCAUAUAAAUAUAGGAGAAAAAAUCCAUUUUCAAAGCUGCCCCAGUUGAAAGGUGCCCCUAAAUGUUUACCAAGUGGAUCAGAUGGACUAUAAAUGUUUUUAAAAGAAAUUAUUAUAAGUUGAUUUAAUUAAUUUUCUUGGAGAUGGAAAGAGAUCUGGAAAUUCAAGAACUGGUAUCCUAGGGUUUCAAUUUCAAUCUAUAUUUUGAUACCGCAUCCAUCUAUGCUCUUUUCAACUCUGAAAGUAUCAUAUUUCCCCAGAAAGAUCUUUAAAUUGUUUUUUUUUUUUGUUCAGCUGAGAAACCUCGAAGUAAUCUUCUGUUGUGUUCCCUAAAUUACAAAGGAAUCCCAAAAAAAAGUAGCAUUUAUACCGAAUAUAAAGGACUUUCUGUGCAAUUUGUAAAAAUUAUGCGACAAUUUAAUUCAUUCUGGCAGACACAAUAAAUUACCCUCGAGAUAAA